GUGAACUGAUAACUCUCAGACUCUCUCUCUCUCUAGGGUUCUGCACUUUACUGAAACAUCAUCAGCUCCCUAAAAUGUCGUCUAAGACACUAAUGCGCACCGGAGUGUCUCUGAUGAAUCGAUUACUGAAUCCAAUGAUUCUUCAACAGAGCUCCAGUUCGAGCCAUCUCAUUGCAUCGCACGCACCCGAAAUUACCCCAAAGCUUUUCCCUCCAUGCCUAUCCAACUUUCGUACCCCUCUCAAUUUGCCCCAAGACGACGCUGAAACCCUCAAAAGAUUAAAUUCUGUUGGAUUCUUGUACCCCUGCGGACUUCCUUCUCUCCGUUUUUUCUUACCAGAUGGAGAUGAUGAUUCAUCAAGUGGACCCAUGCUUCUACUUCCCAAACGGACAUACCAACCUAGCACCAUCAGGAGGAAGAGGAAACAUGGAUUUUUUGCUCGCAAAGCAACCAAGGGAGGCCGGAGAGUCAUUGCUCGAAGAAUCGCAAAGGGCAGGUAUAGAAUCACAGCAUAGUAACAUUUGCCUUCAGCGAAAUUUCGAUCAAAUCAAAUCAAAAGUCUAGACGCUUGCCCUUUUGAAACAAAUGGGUACUUUCUGGUGGCGUCAACUGCCUUGUAUUCCUUGAAGGAUAUUGACAAUUUGUUUCUUUAGGUUUGUAGAUUUGCUCAUUUUAAGCUUAUUGUCCUUGUUGCGUGUAAUGUUUGGUAGUAUUCUAAUGUUUGUAUUUCAGAUUGAUCUAUAAAAUGCAGUUCUGUUUUCCGAAUCUA